AUGAAGACAGAUGUGUACAGUAUGAAGACAGAUGUAUACAGUAUGAAGGCAGAUGUAUACAGUAUGAAGAUAGAUGUGUACAGUAUGAAGACAGAUGUGAAGAGUAUGAAGACAGAUGUGUACAGUAUGAAGACAGAUGUGUACAGUAUGAAGACAGAUGUGUACAGCAUGAAGACAGAUGUGUACAGUAUGAAGACAGAUGUGUACAGUAUGAAGACAGAUGUGUACAGUAUGGAGACAGAUGUGUACAGUAUGAAGAUAGAUGUGUACAGUAUGAAGGUAGAUGUGUACAGCAUGAAGACAGAUCUGUACAGCAUGAAGACAGAUGUAUACAGUAUGAAGACAGAUGUGUACAGCAUGAAGACAGAUGUAUACAGUAUGAAGACAGAUGUGUACAGCAUGAAGACAGAUGUAUACAGUAUGAAGACAGAUGUAUACAGUAUGAAGACAGAUGUGUACAGUAUGAAGACAGAUGUGUACAGUAUGGAGACAGAUGUAUACAGUAUGAAGGCAGAUGUGUACAGUAUGAAGACAGAUGUGAAGAGUAUGAAGGCAGAUGUGUACAGUGUGAAGACAGAUGUGUACAGUAUGAAGAUAGAUGUAUACAGUAUGAAGAUAGAUGUGUACAGUAUGAAGACAGAUGUGUACAGUAUGAAGACAGAUGUGUACAGUAUGAAAAUAGAUGUGUACAGCAUGAAGACAGAUGUGUACAGUAUGAAGACAGAUGUAUGCAGUAUGAAGACAGAUGUGUACAGUAUGAAGACAGAUGUAUACAAUAUGAAGAUAAAUGUGUACAGUAUGAAGACAGAUGUGUACAGUAUGAAGACAGAUGUAUACAGUAUGAAGGCAGAUGUGUACAGCAUGAAGACAGAUGUGUACAGUAUGAAGACAGAUGUAUACAGUAUGAAGGCAGAUGUAUACAGUAUGAAGAUAGAUGUGUACAGUAUGAAGACAGAUGUGAAGAGUAUGAAGACAGAUGUGUACAGUAUGAAGACAGAUGUGUACAGUAUGAAGACAGAUGUGUACAGCAUGAAGACAGAUGUGUACAGUAUGAAGACAGAUGUGUACAGUAUGAAGAAUGAUGCAUGA